AUGGGGGACAUCAUCGACCUUCCGGCAGAUAUCUUCUUCGCAAUAAUAUGGUAUCUCCAUCCACGCACUGCUGUGCGCUGCCGCAGAGUGUCUCGCCGGUGGCACGCCGUGUUCUCCAGUAACCUCGUGUCGCGUCUCCUGCUGUUCUGGAACUUCCCGCGAUGUCGCGAGGUCCGUCUGGCCAUUGCCGUCUCUUCGAUCCCUCCGACGAUCGCGGCGCGUCUACCGGUCAACGUGCAAGUCGAGCUGGCUGAUUUCGACACACACCCGUUGCCGUGGUCCUCUGUCUUUUCCCGUGUAGCGCGUCGGUACUGGAGCCUCGAUCGCGCCAUCCCCUAUGCUGUGGAAAAGCUCGACCUGGCACAGAGUAGCCAUGAGUUUGGCAGCCCUUUUUCAUUCUGGGGCGUGGCUCCUUGGCGUCGCUUCUUGCGUUUUAAUUCUUACAAGUCGACGUUCCACCACCCUGAUCCCAUGUGGUCAUACAGCCAGGAAGACGGCGUGCUGGUGUAUCCCCGUGCGGCCCCUUCACUGGAUGCCCAACGGUCCGGCCAUGUCUAUCAUAUCCUGGACCUGGCCACCGGCUGCCAGACCCCAGUGCCGUUUGACGUCCGUUGCAAGCAUAUCCGCCGCGUCCGACUCGCUCAAGGAGUGCUCGUUAUCGAAUGGGCCGAGGCUGUCGCAUACCACCAGUUGAACGACCGCGAGGUCGUACAUCGCCACUUUGUUACCGCGUUCGACGUCAUUCGCGCGCCUUCUGGUCGCUCUGGGAACCAAAGCGGCCAUCCCAGCCCUAUAUGGCGUGUCGAGUUUCGCUCUGAGUGGAAGUUACACUUCCUCGGCUUGCCCCUGAACAAGCGUGAUCGUUUCUUCUCCACUCAUACGGCGACCCAUUACGCUGUAUACAUAUGGCAGCCGAAUCGGUCCCUCUAUCAAGACGAUCCAAUUGAGCAGAUACUCGUGUGGGAUAUCUCAUCUCCGAGUCCAUGUCGCCCGUCUCAGGAUCCCAUGGGUGACUGGCGGCCCGUCGUUCCUUGGCUGGUAUCGUUCAAAUCUUCUGGCUUGUGGAACGGGCAGAGCAGAGAAAAUGGGAACGAUAGUGCCGUCGGUAUAAUCCAGGAACCUCCGAACAAAGCUGCCCUCGCAGCUGCUAUUGCUGGACCACAGGUUAUCCGUCGUAUGACCUGGGGCGAGCUCGCCUUCUAUGGCGUCCGGCAGCGAACGCUCCCACGUCUUCGGGGCCUAGCUCUGGACGAUCGGAACCUGUAUAUAAUUGAGGAAGAUCAUGCUUGGAUUUCUGGUCCCCAGAGCUCUGUCGAUCCUCCACGUGUUCAUUUCGUGCAAAGCACCGGCAUCCCUAUUAUACCGGGCCCAACAUUUCCUCAACAUCCUUCUGCGACUGCAAGCAACCUGGCCACUACAGAUGCGGGAAAGCCAAACACCCCAUCCGCUGCCGUAGCAGCCGUUCUCAACAACCCUGUUUACGGUCCGGUAUGGCUCGACACGUGCGGGAACGACAACCACAGCGUCGACAUGCGGCACUGUCGGCGGGCUGACAUGCAGCCCCUAGACUGCCCGUACUGCGCACCCGUCAGCAGCAGCCUAGCAUUUGCUCCCUGCCACACACAUCCGGGCUCCCAGGAAGCCAAAACGAUGCCAGAAGCAAUAGCAAAACCCACUCUUGCCCCUUCCCCCUUCCCGGGCCAGGCCCCCUGCUGGCGGCACCACGACUUCCCUUACCUCACCAUCAGCAAGGUGGAUGACCUUGCCGCGGGUGUCACCGUGACAGCUCGUCGAUGCUUCGUGCUGGAAGCGUUAUCGGGGUUCAUGAUGCCGACGCUGGGCGUGCGGUUUUCGUUUAAUCCUCCCUGGAGGGGUGUGGAAGAUGCGGGGGACAUAAGAGUGGACGAAAGAAAGGGGAAGUGGUCAAGAAGUGUGGCAGACGAGGACCGAGAUCAUCAUGAUAAGAACGAAGACAGCGAUGAGGACAACGAGAGUUUAUCAUCACAACUGCCGCCACGAGCCCGGGAGAAACGGUUUCCUCAGCACUUGUGGGAGGAAAUGAUGGGUGUUGGUUACAUUGCCGGGGAUGAGAGAUGGUUAAUUGGGCAGGACCGCCAAGGCAGGAUAACUAUUCUACGGUUUUGA